AGUGACAACACGUCACGUGGCCACAGCGCUGGUCCAAGCUCCAAAGCACGCUUGCAGCUCCAAAACAGCUUCUACUCGCAGAACCAGUGGCUACACCAUGCUCUGUCUGACCCAGUACUAUUAAUAUUUGUAUAGACAGAGGACACCGAAGCCACAACUGCCUCGCAAAUAUCAUGCCGUCCGACUCUCGGUCUCCUACGCCGGCGCGGGAACCCACACGAAGCGUGUCGCGCGGUCGGUCGCCCACGCGAUCACCAAGACGCUCACCCUCCGAUCGACCACGGUCGCCGACUCCUCAGCGCUCUCGCACACGUUCAAUAUCGCGAUCGCCAACUCGGUCCCCCGCAAGGUCGCAAUCUCCUCGUCGCAAUGGCCGGCGCAGCUAUACGCCCGACAGCAGAUCACGCUCGCAAUCCUCUAGGAGAAGAAGCUUCACGCGAAGCCCGAGCAGAAGGAGCACAUCUCCAGCACCACGGAGCGCAAAGAUCGUCAUUGAACAGCUCACAAAGAACGUCAACGAGGGCCACCUGCGCGAAAUCUUCGGCAGCUACGGUCCCAUCAAGGAUAUCAAACUUCCUGUGAAUCCAGUCUUCAACGUGAACCGCGGUACAGCCUACAUCCUUUACGAGGAGAUUGAAGAUGCCGAACGUGCGAUUGCUAAAAUGCACGAAGCCCAGCUAGACGGCGCCAAAAUUCUCGUCUCCAUCGUUCUCCCCCGUCGCCGCUUCUCCCGCUCACCACCUCCCAUCCGUAGAGGAGGGCCACCACCACGAGACCGCGACUUCGACUACCGGCCGGGAGGCCCACCCGGAGGCUACCGACCACCACCCAUGGGAGGACCCCGACGAGGCUUCUCCCCGCGCGGCCGUUCGCGAUCACCACCCGGCGGUUACGGAGGGGGGUACCGAGGCAGGGGGGGAAGAGGCGGCCGAGGAGGUUUCCGCGGCGGUCGCGAGGACCAUGGAUACCGGCCUAGACGAUCAAUCUCUCGCUCACGAUCUCGGUCGCCCAGGCGCAGCAUGUCAUACUCACGAUCAAGGAGCCCACCACCGCGCCGCGGUGGAGGUGGAGGCGGUUACCGACGACGAGAUUCUCCUCCACGAGGGAGUGGAGGUGGUGGCGGCGGUAGGCGAAGCCCAAGCUAUAGUUCGUACGGUAGCUACAGCCGUAGCAGGAGCCGGAGCCGGGGGCGCGGUCCUCCCAGGAGAUAGGAACGCCGGACUAGGGACCACUCCAGAACCCCGAGAUCGUCUACCUACAGACCUUCGGAAUCGUCUACCGACAGACGUCUAAGAGCAUCUACCUACAGACCCCGGUAUUCCUCUUCACCCUCAAGCGUAGGUUCCGAUGGGUUGGAUCGUCACGAUCGAGACCAUCAUUCCCCUUGGCUGUCGAGCGUAGGCUCUAGGAGAUCCAGAUACCGGACUGGGGAUCAUUAUUCACCUUCGUGAUCAAAGUUGUGGGUACUCACUUUAACUGGAAAUGUAUUGAAAGCGUGGAGCAGCUUGUGGCCUAUCUUGCGUUGGAUCAAUAGCUUUGUCUAUUGGAGUGCUUCUUCGGUGCCUUG